UAAAAAUACUUCAAGAUUCUCCUGUUGUUGUAUUUGAUCUUGAAACAACAUCAUUUGGUAUUGAUUCCUCAAUUUGUCAGAUUGCUGCAUCUUAUGAUGUACCAACAUUAUCACAGAAAGAUGCUCUUGAGAGUUUUAUAGAAUGGAUUCCAUUAAAUUCUGUGUUAGUUGCACAUAACUGUAAUAAUUUUGAUGCUAGGAUUCUGGUUAGUUCUUUGCAAAGAUAUGGUCUUUUAGACAAACUGAAACAUAAACAUUGCUGCUUUUCUGAUACGCUCUCUGUAUUUCGUGAAAUUUUACCACCUCGAUCAUCUUACUCUGAAGAAAACCUGGUUAAUGAUUAUUUACACACUGAAUACAGUGCUCACAAUGCAAAACAUGAUGUACAUAUGCUUCAACAAUUGAUUGGUAAAUGUAAUGUUGACAUCAGCCAUAUUAGUAAACAUAGCUUCUCUGUUGAUUUUAUUAUAGAAGCCCUUGAAUUUCUAUUGUGUAAAAAGAAAAAUCUGUCUUCUCUUAGUCAACUAAUAAGUAAGAAGGUAAUUACAAAGUGUAUGGCUGAGAAAAUAGCUGCUUCUGGUCUGGCUUUUUGUCACUUGAACUUGGCUUAUAGCAGAGGAGGGAUAGAUGGAUUGGUGAAGUUGCUUAGUGAAGAUUAUUUUGGUCAUCCACGGUUCACUAAUCCAUCCAUCCAUGACAUCUUUGAGAACACUAAACUGAUAUUUG